AUUUGACUAUCAACCACCGCGUAGCAAAACAUGGCCGACCCUGAGCAGGACCCCGUUGUAGGCGACGACGUUGCCGAGGACGACGACGGCACCGGGUACAAGGUUGGCGAGAAGAAGGAUCUCGACGAGCUCAUGAACCUCGACCAGGAUGAUGAUGCCCUGCAGCGCUGGAAGGCCCAGCUGCUCGAGGGUGUUGCCGAGGGUGCGACGGAUGAUCCGCGGGUGGUGGUCAUUUCCGAGUUUGCAUUCAUGUCCGAGGGCCGUGACCCGAUCGUGUUCGACUUUUCGACCGAGGAGGGCGUGGAGGCCAUGAAGUCAUCGCCGAUCAUCAUCAAGGAGGGCUGCGACUAUAACCUCCGGGUCAAGUUCCGGGUGCAGAACGACACGGUUCUGGGCCUCAAGUUCAUCACCACUGUCAAGCGCAAGGGUGUCAAGGUCGACAACCAGAUCCACAUGAUCGGCUCGUACGCGCCCAAGCCCGAGGUCAUCGAGUUUGAGUUCCCGACUGAGACCGCCCCGUCGGGCAUGCUUGCUCGCGGCAAGUACAAGGCGUACUCCAAGUUUAUGGACGACGACAAGCAGGUCCACCUCGAGUGGGAGUGGGCGUUCCAGAUCAAGAAGAAGUGGGAGUGAAGCCAGCGCUAGCACGCUACUUGUCCCGAUAAAUCGACUCUCCUUGCG